AAGUUCCCAGAUUUUUCCUAAAACUUGAACUGUACUCCUCUGGUUCAACUAUUGUUUCUUUUCUUCUAAAUAUUUUUUCAAGACGUCCAAAUACUCUUAUCAGGAGGCAUACGUUACGUCCCCUGAUUCGAAAGCAAUGCUGAAUAUCACUAAACGCUCUGAAAGCCUGCACAUAAGUAAGUAGGAAACCCUAAAACAAGCAUCAGAAAACAGUUGAAGUGUCAAUGAUUUCGCUGGAACAUUUUUAAACUUGUCUUCCAAAAUGGCCAAAAAGUUAUACAGAGCUGAAACUACUUCAUUGGAGCCUCGCCCACUCUGGUUUUCUGUCCAUGUGUACAAAAAAGUAUUAGUAGAAUCUUGUGUAUCUUCCAUCAAUACAAAAGUAAGGUUAUAAACCCAAAUUUGUCGAGAAUAAAAUACAUCACCAACUCUUAGUUUUGGAAGAGGCUGGUUUUUGUUCCGUGUCAAAAGAUAUCUUAGCUUCUGUUCUUUGAAGCAGUUCAUAUUUUCUUUUAGCUCGUAACUUGUGCAAUCUGUACUUAGUAAUAAAGCAAUCUUAUUUAUUUUACUUUUUGUUAGAUCACAAAAUGAACAAACGUCUAUCUUUGCACUGCCAAAACUUAGACUGACUUUCGGCUGGAAGAUUUUGAAGAACUUUGAGUAAGAUGCAAGUGACUUCUUCUGACUUUUUGAGUCUGUUUCCAAAUACGCCACAAUUUUUUAAUAGAUAACUCCGACCGAGAAUACUCCGACCAUAAUGACUUUCACAGCACUUUGAUGAUUUUAUGAAAUCAAUCAUUGAUUAACUUUUACUUGAAUCUUUGGGUUUUAUCCUAGCUCCACCUCGCUUUAAUGAGGACAUUCUCCUGACUAUUUUAAAGCUGUAGCUAAUCGAUUCAAUUUUUUUGAUGAAAAUUAUGUGAUGGACAGGAAUGUGGAAUUACACACACUUAAUAAAACACCAUUUGUCUGUGGUAUGAAGAAUUUUGUAACUGUUCGAGUUCGUAGGCCUAUGUUUCUUAGACUCUUGAUUUAGAAGGUAUUUGAAGUUGUUCUGAUCAUCAGCAGUCCUAUGUGAGUAGAUUUUAUCAUAACAGCUACUUACAUCAAUAGGAGUCAAUAGAUAUGGAUGAGCUUCUGUACUAUUUCUUGCGAUUUUUGUCCCGCAGGUCUUAAUUUUUCUCUUCUCUUUUUCUCUUCCUCUUCUUGGCCCUAUUAAUGUCGUUUACUCACUUGUUUCACCUCAAACAGUCAACGUAACCAAAAACUCACAGCAAAUAGCUGCUGACACCUGGGAUCGCGCAUGCGCAAACACUUAACAGCUGACUUAACCCUGUUUGGAAAAGAACAAGGCAUGACUAAAGCACUUUUGGAAAACAUUAGUGAUUUGUAAUCUGUAUACACUUGACUUAAGCUGUUAUGGCAUGAAUUGUUUUUCUGUUAGAAAUGAUGCUCUAGAAUCAGAUACAACUAAAACCUCAAACUGUGAAAAACAAUUACUUAUGCCCUUUUGAAAUCCACCUCUUCAGUUGCAAACUUUUUGUUAUUGGACUGGCCUUGAAGUCUGCGCCUGUGCUUUAGGUCUAGCCUAGCAGGUGACGUCAAAAUAAUUAGCCCGACGCAGGUACCCCAACCCCGGAAGCCUCAUCUGUGUGUACUGUGUGAUAAUACAAAUUAGGAAAUAAUGUUACAAUGACAUAAAUAUAAAUAAGACUUAUAUAUCGCUUACAUAAGUAUAUGGAAUUAGCUGCAAAUCAUAAAGUUCACAAAAAAGUCCCAUUAAGAAGAUGAUAGCAGGGUAGUUUCUUCCCCUGUUUUCUUAAUAACUUCUAAAACGCCAUUUGCAGGUAGAGACGAUUUUACAACCACGUUUUGAGUCUCCAAAUUAAUGGUAAAUUCUUUAACUCCUUUGUGUUUUAAUUUAUUUAAAACUCUACUGCACCAGAACAACCAUCACAGGUCAUUUUUACAUUAAAUUCGUGAACUUUGGACAUGAUUACUGGAGAAUUUUACAUGUUCUUUGUCUCUACUUAUGAUUUAGAUUUCAGAUACAAAAUAAUUAUUCAAGAAUUUAAAAAAUGUUAAAAAUUAAAAAAAUUGCAUCAACAUUUUUUAAAUUCUUGAAUAAUUAUUUUGUAUCUGAAAUCUAAAUCAUAAGUAGAGACAAAGAAUACGUAAAAUUCUCCAGUAAUCAUGUUCAAAGUUCACGAAUUUAAUGUAAAAAUUACCUGUGAUGGUUGUUCUGGUGCAGUAGAAAGAGUUUUAAAUAAAUUAAAAGACAAAGGAGUUGAAGAAUUUACCAUUAAUUUUGAGACUCAAAAGGUGGUUAUAAAAUGGUCUCUACCUGCAAAUGAUGUUUUAGAAGUUAUUAAGAAAACAGGGAAAGAAACUACCCUGCUAUCAUCUUCUUAAUGAGGAUUUUGUGUGAACUUUAUGAUUUGCAGAUAAUUUCAUAUACUUAUGUAAGCGAUAUAUAAGUCUUAUUCAAAUUUUAAAAUUAUAAAAAUCUAUAUUUUUGACAUAAAUAUAACUUUAGAUUAGACUAUAGUUGAGUAUCACAAUUGUAGGCACUAAAUUCUGAGAAAUGAUAAUUGAGUUUUAUCGACAACACUGUUGUCAGGUGAUUAUGGAUGAUUUAUCAACUUCUAUAUUAAUAAUUCAUCACUCAAUCUUGAUUGCGUAGUUCGACAUUCACAAAAAGUCAAAAUAUUAACUAUUGUCUGAAAAAAAAACUAGUCAGAUGAUGAAGAACUAUUGCAAUUACUAUUAACCACUUUGAUAAUUGAAGGUUCAACGGAAAUAUCCACUCUAGUGUCUUGAUUCUACAUUCUGCUUCCUGCCUUUCUAGUAUUUAUGUAAUGCAAGUUUCCACUGAGUCGUGACGUUUUCUAUAGCUGUAUCUAGCAGACAUUUCAUAUCGUCCAUUUUAAAAGAUAAAUUUCCUCUCGCUACUUGAAUUUGAAUCCUAUAAAAUGAAUUAAUCGCUUCAGGUUAACUGUAGUACUGAUGUAUUUCAACAAUAGCAAGAACAAACACGUUAUCAUAUAAUGGGAAUUUCCAAACAAUUAAAAAAAGGGAAAUUGGGUUCGGGAGCAAACUAAAGCAGCAUCUAUUGCUUUAUGUUUAAAUGUAAAGUUUGAGUGUUGAUACAAUCAAUGAUUUAUGGAAUAUGAUUGAAGUUUUUAAUUGUAUAAAUGUCUCUUCCUAUCUGUCACAUUUUUUAAAAUUCACUUUGUUAGGUUCUACAUGUUGUGUACUUCAUAAUGUUGUUAAUUAUAACUUUACAACAAAAAUAGUUUUAUCUCCGUUUACUCAGAACGAAUUAUAAGAAAUUGAUAACGAAAAAACUGAAAAAUACCUCAGUUCUGGGUUUAUCACAAAGUUUGUAAGUGAUCCAAUAAUUUGACCUCAUUUAAUGUGAGCAGAUUGUAUAAUUAAUGUAAGCAUAUUAUUUUGACUUUUUGAUAGUCAAUAUAAUCCAUAGUCCAUAUAAUAAUAUAGAAAAUAGUGGUACUAAUAAUUUGUAAAAAUUAUUCAGUACCCCUCACCAGGAAGACUAAGAAUAACUCACCUGGUCAUCACCAUCUCCUGGAAUUUAGUGUCUACAAUUUCUAUUGAACUAAAGUAUGUAUAACAUCUUUUAUCUUAGUGAUUAUCAGUGCCUUAAUUGCAACCUAUAAAAGUAACUUG